CGACAAUGGCGAAAGUUCAGAGGUUAGUUCCAUUAAUCAAUGUCUGUAACUUGCUUGUAUCAUGGUUUUGUAAACUUUUUUCUUACAUUACAUUUAACAUUUCAGAACAAUGUAUUGUUUAAUGUUGUGUUUCGACAUGGAGGAGAGUUUAUUGAUAAUAAUGGUGAAACGAUUUACAAGGGUGGUGUUUCUACUCUGAUUUCUGGGGAACAUAUAAAUGAGUGGACAAUGCAUCAUGUUCUUAACUUAGUAACUGGGUGGCGGUACUUAGAAGGUUCUUUUAGGUUAUGGACCAAAAUAUUAGACAUAGACCCUAAUUACUUUCAGAUUAGAAAUGAUGGGGAUGCCUAUGAUUUUGCUGCUUAUGGUUGUGCGAUGCAAGUGGAUGGGGAAAUUUUUGUGGAACAUGGUCCAAGUGUAGUUGGUAAUUGCCCUAAGUUUGAGUCUGAUUUAGAGGUUAGUGAUGAAGAGGUUGUUGAAGGUUUUAAUGAUAGUGAGGAUGAGAGGACAACUGCCAUUGUAGAUGGGUUUGAUGAGCUUGAUGGUAUUGAUGUCACUGUACCAAUUAGGGAGGGUCCAGUCAUUGCAGGUUUGUUACCAUGUCCAAAGAAGAAGAAAUAUGAUGAUGAUGAGGAGGAGUACCUUAGUGAAGAGCUUAAUAGUUCUAACCCUGAUAACUCAGAAGAUGACAAAAAGCCUAAGUUUGAAAAGUUUAAGAAAGAACAACUUACAAAGGAUUUUAAGUUUAAGUGGGGUAUGGAGUUCACUUCCCUAAAUGACUUUAGGGAUGCUAUACGUGAGUGGACAGUUUUAAAUGGUAGGGAAAUAACAUUUGUAAAAAAUGAGGGGUAUAGGGUGAGAGAUGAAUGUAAAGCCAAGUGUAGUUUUUUAAUGCUUUGUUCCAAAGUGGGCCACAAGCACACUUAUGCAAUUAAGACUAUAAAGGACACCCACACAUGUGCUAGGGUUUUGGAUAACAAAACUGCAAAUUCAAAGUGGGUGGCCAAGGCAGUUGUAAAGAAAAUGCAGACUUGUGACAACUUGAGGAUCUGUGAUAUUAUUCAAGAUAUGAGGCAAAAUUAUGGAGUGGGUAUCACUGUAGGCAGGGCAUGGAAAGCAAAAAUGAUAGCAAGACAAAUGAUAGAAGGGGAUGCAGACAAGCAAUAUUCAAAUUUGUGGAGGUAUGCAGCUGAAUUGCAUAGGGUGAGUGCUGGAAACACUGUAAAGAUCAACAUUGAGAGACCAUCACCUUCCAUCCAACCAAGGUUUGGUUCUUUCUAUUUUUGUUUUGAGGGAUGUAAAAAAGGGUUCAUAAAUGGUUGUAGACCUUUUAUUGGGGUGGAUGGUUGUCAUCUGAAGACUAAGUAUGGAGGUCAGUUGUUGAUAGCAGUGGGAAGGGACCUCAAUGAUCAAUAUUUUCCACUGGCCUUUGGGGUUGUUGAAACAGAAACAAAAGAAUCUUGGAAGUGGUUUAUACAGCUGUUAAUGGAAGAUAUUGGAACAGAAAAAAGAUAUGUAUUUAUCUCAGACCAGCAAAAGGGUUUGGUGGCUGUAUUUGAAGAAAUGUUUGAGAGGAUUGAGCACAGACUUUGCUUCAGGCAUUUGUAUGCAAAUUUCAAGAAAAAUUUUGGUGGAGGAGCACUUAUAAGAGAUCUAAUGAUGGGAGCAGCCAAGGCAACAUACCAUCAAGCAUUCUUGCAGAAGAUAACUGCAUUAAAGGCAGUAGAUCCACAAGCUUGGGCAUGA